AUGGCAGUUGAAGAAACACGCAAAGGUGCGCCUCAGGGCGAAGUGCCAGAAGACGCAGCGACGGGAUGCCCUGGAGUUGAAGCGGAUACGGCGGGCAAAGCAGAUUCCUGCGCGGGCUGUCCAAAUCAAGCGGCGUGCGCCUCUGGUGAAGCCGCAAACAAGGGACCGGACCCAGAUGUUUUAGCAAUUGCACGCCGUCUGAAAACAGCUGUGAAACACAAAAUCCUCGUGCUUUCAGGGAAGGGCGGCGUUGGAAAAAGCACAGUCGCGGCACAACUCAGUUUAGCUUUGAGUGCCAACCACUCCCUAGACGUCGGUUUACUAGAUGUCGACGUUUGUGGGCCAAGUGCACCCCAAAUGCUUGGGGUUAGCGACGAGGAGGUGCGCAUGAGCAAUUCCGGGUGGAGUCCUGUGUACGUAGAGGAAAAUCUCGGGGUCAUGAGCAUUGGCUUCAUGUUGCCGACAAAGGACGACGCCAUCAUCUGGAGGGGAGUGCGAAAGACGGGGUUGAUUAAACAGUUCCUCCGUGACGUCGAUUGGGGAGAGUUGGAUUAUUUGAUUGUCGACGCUCCACCAGGGACGAGCGAUGAGCAUAUCUCCCUUGUGCAAAUGCUCGCGGAGUCAAAUGUUGACGGAGCACUCAUUGUGACGACGCCACAGGAAGUAUCCUUGAUAGAUGUUCGCAAGGAGAUCAACUUUUGUCGGAAGAGUGGAACUAGGGUCCUGGGCGUUGUAGAAAAUAUGGCCGGUUUCGUAUGUCAGCACUGCCAGGGCUGCACAGAUAUAUUCUUUCCAAGUAGCGGUGGUGCGGAGAGGAUGUGCAAGGAAAUGGAUGUGCCAUAUCUUGGGAAGAUUCCAUUGGACCCCAGUAUUUCCCGGGCUGGAGAAUUAGGCCGCUCCGUGUUCCAAGAAGAGGGAAACGCUGCUUCGCCUGGUGUUGGUGCAUUACGGAAGCUUGUCGCGAAAGUACGCGUCACGGUUGGGGACUUGAACAAAUCUGAGGUUUCCGAUGAGAAGUCGUCCGAAGCUGCAAAAGUCGGAAAUGUUUCAAGUUAGGAGAACUAUUGUCUGUUGUAGUGUACACUACCUGUAAUAUGUGCUUUAUCCGUUCUACCGAAAAUCAUGUAUAUGCUCCAGAGCUGCGAUUCGCAGAAGGCCGUAGCGGCUGCUGCUGAGUGAUAGAACACAUAUCGAAGACUAAUUACAAGGAACCUUGUCCUCGCGCUCCUCCACAC